AUGCUGAACUUUCUAUUCGCCAAAAACAAAGUAGGGUUCAUCGAUGGCACUAUUAAGAAGCCCGAUAAGACGUCCUCUAAUCACAUGGCAUGGAUGCGAUGUGAUGCUAUGGUGAAGGGAUGGCUCACCACGACCAUGGAAAAGAACAUACGAAGCAGUGUGAAGCAUGCGAACACGGCUUCAGAAAUCUUGUCUGAUCUUCGUGAAAGGUUUGGCAAGGAAAGUGCGCCUAGGGCGUACGAAUUGAAACAACAAAUCGUCUCUACACAGCAAGAUGGAACCUUCGUAUCAACUUAUUACACGAAGCUUCGAGGUCUCUGGAAUGAAAGUCAAUCUGUCCUACCCACACCCCAUUGCACUUACCACAGGUGCACCUGUGGGCUUGGAAAGCGAUUGACCGAGCAUCAAGAAAAAAGAAAAGUUAUAUGA